GCUAUUUUUCAGGAAAAUACAGAAUUGAAUCUCUGUCAGCAGCAACUUUACCCGGUGCUCUAAAAAUAAUAAACGAUCAUUUCUUCCAAGAUGAGGCCGUAUGCAUUGGCACAGAGGUCAACAAGAAUCCUUUAGCUAUGGAAGAGUUGUUAGAACUGUGCGCAGACGCAGCACUGGACGGCAUGUCAUUAGUUGCCGUUUCUAAUGAUAGCGAUGAAGUGGUUUCGGCAAUGUUCAAUAAGUUGCAGGAAGUACCCACAAAAGGAUCAGAGAAGACGUUUUUUGAAACAUUUGCUGAAGAACGCUGUAAACAAGCAUCAUCUCGUGCCCUGGUUGACCUUAUGGUUGAAUUUGAUACCAAAUGCAACUUUUAUGAGAGGUAAUUAUAAUU